CAUAUAUCCAAUGCUCAGGUAAAGAAAUAUAACAUUGUGAAUACCUUAGAAAGCUCCUAUGUAUCCUUUCCUGGUCAGUUUCCUGAAUCACCUCAAGAGACAUGAUAACCAAUGUUCUGCUUGUAAUGCAAAUAAUCUUUUCUUCGUAUUUUUACCAGUUAAGUAUACUAGUUCUCACAUUUUUUUUUAAUUGCGAAAUUAUCAUAAACUGAUAUUUUUGUAAAUACACAAUCAUGUACUUGAAUGUACUGGCACUGUCAGAUUACUGUCAGCAUUUCUAAAGUUUAUGCAUGUUUACUCACUUUAUGUGCUUCUCUCUCCAUCAACCAAUGACAGGUGAUCAGUAUAGGAUCAGUAUGGGACCACAUUUCGAGUAGUACGGAUGUCUGCAUUCCUUAAAAGUAGUCUAACAAUCAGAUAGAAGUAAACAUUAAUAAAAUUUAAUAAAGUAUUAAAUUAUAUUUAAUAAAUAGAAAUGUCACUUUUCUGUGACUUGCUGAACAUUUAGCAUCAUCCAUGAUGAUGCAUAUCGCUAUAGUUUUUGUUUUAUCAUUAAUAUACCACCGUUAUGUAUCUCUUCCAUGAAGGCAUUUGGAUCAUUCUGCCUUUUUUGCUAUUUCGAACAAAGCCACUAUGAACAUCCCUGUAUAUAUGUCAGGUUGUACAUGUGUAUGAUCUCUUGAGAAUACAUCUAGCAAUGAAAUUGGUGAGUCAUAUAUGUAUCUUGAAAUUUACUAGGUAAUACCUAACUUUUCCAAAGUAAUUAAUCAGUGCUUUCACCAGCAGCAUUAGAAGGUUCCACAUUUGUAAAACUUUGGAAAAUCUGGGCUUGUAAUGGUACCUCAUUGUUGCUUAAUUUGCAUUUCCAUGAGGUUAAUUAUUUUUUUGUUCAAAUUUACUAUUUGGAUUUCCCCUUUUUGCUAAGUUGCUGUUUAAAUCAUUUGUCCAUUUUUUAAAAUUUGACUUUUUUAAGUUAAUAAAAUUCCUUCAUGUACCAAGAAUACUUAAUCAUUUGGUUAUAACUGUUUCAAAUGUCUUCUCACAGUUUAUCUUUCUGCUCCUAGUGAAAUUUAUCCAUGUUUUUCUAUAUUUUUGGUGUGUUUGUCUUGUUUAAAAAAAUACUUCCCUUAGGUCAUGAAUAUCUUCUAUACUGUGUUCUAAAAUAUGUGUAGUUUUGUCUUCUACUUAAAUUGAAUUUUAUUUUGUGGGUGAGGUAGGUAUCCAGGUUCUUUUUUUCCCCCCUUCAUUUCUUGAAAAACCAUCUUUCUCAAUUGGUUGAACAUGCCAUUUCUGUCAUCUGUGAAAUGCUCAUAUUUACAUGAGUCUGUUUUUGGGCUCUCUUUUAUUACAUUGAUCAGUUUGCCCAUAUAUCAGUAACACACUGUUGCAGCUUUUAAGUCUUGAUAUUUGGUAAAAUAAGUCUUUUUAUACCUUAUUCUUCAAGAUUUUGGCUGUAAUCAGUUCUUUGAAUUUUUAUACAAAUUUUGGAAUUUCAACAAAACAAAAUUGUUGGGAUUUUGAUUGGGAUUGUAUUUUACCUGUGAACAAAUUCUUUAUAAUAGGGCAUUUUUUGGUGAGUUAAUUUCUUUCCAUUGUAUCUUUGAAUAAAAUCAUAAUUGUCUUCAUAGAAAUACUGUAUACAUAUACUUCGUUAAUUUUACUUUCUUGUAUCUUUAUGUUUUUGAUGCUAUCAUUAUAAAUGAUAUCUUUUAAGUUUUUAAUUUUUUGUUGGUAUGUGGAAAAACUUUAAUUUUUCCAUUCAGCAAACUUGCAAAAAUCUUCUGUUAAGUCUAGUAAUUUAUACAUUCUUUUGCACUUUCUAUAAGUAAUGAUAGAUUUGUCUGUCAUUCUAUUCUCCCUUUCUUUACUUUUUCUUGCCUAAUUACAUUUGCAGGGACCUCCAGUAUAAUGUUGAAUAGGUUAUGUGUAGGCAUUCUUGUUUUGUUUCUGUUUUCUGGGAAUGCUUUCAAAGUAUCCUGUAAGCAUUUUAUGGUAUUUUUAUUAAAUUUAGAAAUACUCCACCUAUCUUUAGUUUGCUUAGAGUUUUUUAUAAUCAUAAAUGAUAGAAAAUUUUGAAUUUUAUUAAAAAGCUCUAUUGAGAAAAUCAUGAUUUUUCUGCCUUUAUUCUCUGAAUGUGGUCAGUUACAUGAACUGGAUUCCUGUUGUUAAGCCAGCCUUUUCUUCCUAGGGUAAAAACAACCUGGCAUGAUGUGGUUUAUUUUUAAUAGCUGGAUUUCUUUUAAGAUUUUUGCUUAAUAUCAAGCCUGGCUUAGCCUCAUAAAGUGAGUUGGAAAGUGGCUUUCUUUUCCUGUUUUCUGGGAAAGCUUGUAUAUAAUAUUUACUUCUUCCUUGACUGUUUAUUAGAAAUUGUAGGUAAAGUGUGCUUGGGGUCUGGUGUCUUCUUUAUAGGAUGCUGAUUCAAUUUCUUUUUAUUAAUAAGGUUGAGCUUUUCUGUUUCUUAUGUAAUAUUGGUAAAUUGCAUAUUCCUAUGAAUCUUUCCAUUUCGUCUACACUUUCAAAUUUAUUAGUACUGUGUUUUUCUUGUAUACUUAACAUAUGCCAGAUCUGUAAGGAUGGUACCCUUUGUAUUCCUUGUAUCUUUUUUCCUUGACUAGUCUUGCCAGAGGUUUAUCACAUUUAUUACAAGUUUUUUUUAAAGCCAGUAUUUUUGUUUCUUCUUUGUUGUAUUCUUUUCUGUUUUAGUGAUUUCAGCUUUUUCUUUCCAUGUUAAUUUGCCAUAUUGUAGUGGAUGGUUAGCUCCUCAAAUUUUCGACUUUCUAUUCUCAUUUACAUAUUUAAAGCUAUAGAUUUCCAUCCAAGUGCUAUUUUAUCUCUUGUUUUAGUUUUCUAUGCUGAGUAACAAAUUACCAUAGAUUUACUGGUUUAUAACAGCAUAAUUUUAUUAUCUUACAAUUUCUUGGGGUUAAGAGUCUCCGCAUGGCUUAACUGGGUCUUCUGCUUCGGGUCUCAUAAGACUGCAGUGAAGUCAGCUGAACUGCAUUGUCAUCUAGAGCUCACAGUUCUCUUCUAACUUAAUCAGGUUGUUGAUAAAAUUUAGUUCCUAGAAGCUGUAGAACUGAGGUCUUCAGCUACUUAGGGCUGCUCUUCUAUAUAAGCAGUGCACAACAUGACUGUUUGCCUUUCUAAAGUCAGCAAAACUUCUGACUAGAAUCUGUUUCAGAGAAGGCCAGAAAGGGUUCACUUGGUUAGGUCAGAAUCACCUGGGAUAAUCUCCCUUUUGAUAAAGUCAGAGUCAACUGAAUAGUCACUGCUGUGAUGGCCACUUGGUAAAUGGGCCCAUUAACCAAGCCCUGGGUUGGCUGGAGAAAAAGACUGACAUCCACCAGACAAUUCAUCUUGUUCCCCUUAUUGCAAAUCUCCACCUGAUGCAUCCUGUUAGGCACUUAUGUGGGACAUGAAUAUCUUAACAUGAUCUCACUACUCCAAGAGGCUUAUCUUUAAGUCUAACCAACAGAUCUUUUACAAAUUUUCCAUUUCAUUUUUCCAAGAACCUAAAAGCUGCAUGAUCUAUUAGACACUGCCUAUAAGUCAGUAUAUUUAUCAGUUUGUCAGGUCAUCCCCUCCUUUCUUGAAUGGGAAUAACCAAGUUUAUAGCUAGAAAUUGCCCACCAGGAAGAUUCCCUGUCCCCAUAUCAAUGCACGGAUCAGAAAUUGUCUCACCUCUAAAUGUAGAAGGAUUGAUGGAGCUAAAAAAUUACCACCUGCCAAUCAUCACAAUACUAGCUGAUCCACGCAAGAAUCAUUGAUGGAUGUAAAACUUAGUGGGUGAAAGUGUGCUGAACAGAAUUCUUACAUGGUCUCACAGUAUCUCCUCAUAAAUUGCUUAUAAAUAACACAGAAAAAUAGUAACUUUACAUUGAAGAAACCUGGCUGCCAACCCCUUGAUCAAAUGAUCAAUGUUCACCUCACCAGUAAAAGGACAAAUCAGUAUCAUGUACUUCGUGACAUGAUAUGCUUAGAAGUACAAAGCAUCCUUUCUAUGCUAUUCUAAUGCAUAACCUAAAUCUGAUCAAGGGAAAACAUCAGAGAAACUCAAAUUGAGUAACAUUCUCCCAAAUAAAUGUCCCAUACUUUUCAAAAAUGCCAAGGUCGUGAGUGGCAAAGAAAGAUUAGAAGAACUGCUUCAGACUGAAAAAGGUAAAGGGACAUGAAAAUCAAUACUACGUGUGUUCCUGGACUGGAUAGACUAAAAUUUAGAAAAAGUAAAAAAAAAAAAAAAAAAAAAAGAAAAAGAAAUUGUCUCACUUCUUUAUGUAUCUGUCUCCCAGAUUGGACAAUAAAAUCUCCUUGAGAACUAGGACUGUGCCUGCUGUUCACACAAUAUCCCUAAUGCCUAGCACAUAGAAUGUAAUCUAAAUAUAUGUGGCAUAAGUGACUGAUGCAUUUUCUUGAACAUUUGGAGAGAAAAUGUUAAGCAAUUAAACUUGUAACCAAUUUAUUUUUUAGUACAUGUGACAAUAUUAUGAAGAAGAAUGCAAAAUUUCGAGCAAUUUAAAAGAAGAUGGAACACUUCAAGUAAAUGUGCCCUUGACACUAGUGACUUCAGGUUCUUAAGUGGUGAAUAGGGAAGUACAUGGUUAUGGAAUCUGUCAUGGGUGGUAUUUCAGUGGAAAAGCUUAAAAAGCAUUGAUUUUGCAGGGUUGCCAGAGAAAGAGGAACAGGCAGAGGAAACUGAAAGAAUGUUAACAAGCAGGAUGAGCAUAAAGGCAAAGUGGGGCUGUCAACAUCAAGGAAACAGUGUUGGAAGACAACAGUCAACUUUGUCAAUCCCCAAAGAGAGACUCCCAGGGAAAAUGAGGGCAACAAAAGUAUCAGUUGGAUUUAGGAAGCCACUGUUUACCCAAAGAGUUUAGGUAGAAUUGUUGGGAGGUGGAGCAGUUGGAGAAUCAACUGUUGGAUAAUGAAUUGUGUUGACAUGGUACAUAAUAGGGCAUUUCUGACUACAUUGCAGCACACCAAGUAACUACUACCUGAAGUGCCUACCUUCAAUAAGCCGUCCUGUUGUUGGAUGGGGAAAGGGAGGAAAUAAUUCUUAGCUUUACCUGUACUGUGUUUCUGAGACUCAGGUAUGGACCUUCACUCCGAAUUUAUUAUCCAUGGUCUCAUCUGAGAUUCAGUAACUGGGUCUCCUUUGACAGGGAGUAGAGAUUGCCUGAGAAUUAAAAGGGGAGGGAGAUUUCUGAACUGGGGCUCUUAGAUUAUGACUAGGAUUGGGUGUUUGGGGCUUUAUAAGGCUUCUUACGCUUUAUUUACCUAAUUGCUUUUUUGUUCUCUCUUGAUACUCAGUGGCGUUCCAAUCUGUUCGGCUGUGGAGAACGAACUUGAAAAAAGGGAUCUUUCCCAGGGUAGUUUUUGGGGGCAGGGGCUGAUGUGCUGCACACCCUAGUCAGGGGUAGGGUUGGCUGCGGUAGUCAAGUGAGAGAGCUGUAAAGGGACAGGAAAAGUCAAGAGACUGUCUUAGGGAACCAGGAGAGUCUCUGUACCUCCGAAGGGUCUAGGGGUUUGUCUGGUCUGUAAGGGGCAAACACGGUGGAAUUCCUUUCCAGACUUUUCUGGCCCUUGACGUCCGGCUUUGGGGGGUACAUGCCAAAGAAAAAAAAAAGCAGGGAGAGUCCACUAGCCUUGGUGACAGUUCCCCAUUGCGGUUUCCCCUCCUCCACCCUUCUUUGCGAGCUCCUUCCUUCUACCGAGUGUUCCCGCCACGUUAACCCCUGACUCGUAGCUGUACUGCCCCGGCCCUCAGCGCCACGUCCCGGGUGGGGCCUGCCUUGGCAAUGCAGCAGCCCGCCCUCGAGCGACCCCUCGAGAGCGGCGGGGCAGGUGCCGACGGCAGUCAGGCCUGGUGAGCGAAGACCUCCAAGGGCUGAGGCAGCGCGUCUGCAAAGGCGUGGGGCCGCCGACUCACGAGCGAACUGCUCCGCGAGCGCGAAGGGGUGCAGGCUGCGGUGGCAGCGGGGACGGGGUUGCUGCCCGCCGCGUAGGAGGCGCCCCAGCCUCUCAACGCCCGGCGCAAGACGCCAACCGCCUGGUCGCGCUCCGCCGGAAGGGAAGACGCAGGAGCCGCGCGCUCACCAGCAGAUUGAAAAGAAAUGCUGAGAAAUACAUAAAGUUUUCCUCUCCUGCCUUGGAUAUUUAUAAUGGGUAUCGGGAAGUCCAAAAUAGAUUCCUGCCCUCUUUCUCUCUCUUGGGGUAAAAGGCACAGUGUGGAUACAAGUCCAGGAUACCAUGAGUCAGAUUCCAAGAAUUCUAAAGAUGUGUCCUUGUGUGAUGUUGCUGAGCACAGCAAUUCAACAGAGGGGACAACAGGAAAGCAGGAGGGACCUCAGAGCGUGGAAGAGAUGCUUGAAGAAGCUGAAGAAGAGGUGUUCCUCAAAUUUGUGAUAUUGCAUGCAGAAGAUGACACUGAUGAAGCCCUCAGAGUCCAGAAUCUGCUACAAGAUGACUUUGGUAUCAAACCUGGAAUAAUCUUCGCUGAGAUGCCGUGUGGCAGACAGCAUUUACAGAAUUUAGAUGAUGCUGUAAAUGGAUCUGCAUGGACAAUCUUAUUACUGACUGAAAACUUUUUAAGAGAUACCUGGUGUAAUUUCCAGUUCUAUACGUCCCUAAUGAACUCUGUUAACAGGCAGCACAAAUACAACUCGGUUAUACCCAUGCGGCCUCUGAACAACCCCCUCCCCCGAGAAAGGACUCCCUUUGCUCUCCAAACCAUCAAUGCCUUAGAGGAAGAAAGUCUUGGCUUUCCUACACAAGUAGAAAGAAUUUUUCAGGAGUCUGUGUAUAAGACACAACAAACUAUAUGGAAAGAGACAAGAAAUAUGGUACAAAGACAAUUUAUUGCCUGAGAUGAAACAUAAAACAUGUGGCUGGCUCCUGUUUUGUAAACUAAAUGAUUAAUCUUCACUUGAGAAAGCAGUUUCUAGGAAAUGUUUAAAUAAAAGAGUCUUAUCCUUACAGAAACCUAUGGAGCACAAGAAAGAUAAAUUUCUGCAGGACAAUCUAUAAAAUUGUGGUACUUUUUGAUGAUUUAGUAAACAUGACAUUGUCAGAGUUUCAAGAACUUUUCUUUCACAAUUUUCCUAGUUCAUGGAUAUGAAAAAGGAAUUCCCAAUCCAUAUUCCUCAUAUUGAACCUUGAACAAAGCUUGUAUGACAGAUAUUUUAAAACAUGUGGUAACACUUUUAUUUUCUGAAUUUUAAUCUCAAAGGAACAAAAAAAAUGGCCUCAAGAGAUCUGACCAUAAUUCCUCUUGAGGCACCUCUCAUGGAUGUUGCAAUAAGCAUUCGGGUACCAUCACCUAGAAAUAUGAAUUGCCAGAAUAGAACAUUUAGCAUGUUGAGUGUUGAUGCAUAUAAAAUCAGAAACAGAUAUGAGAAUGGUGGAACUUUUUAAAAAAAACCCAGUCAAAUGUAUUUUCUGCUGAAAUCUGCAUAUUCGGAGACAUUUCCCACCACCAAUUCACAGCUCAUUUGGUAGUGUGGUAGUUAGGGACUUCAUGGAGUGGUGUUCAGACGUCCCCUGGGGCCUGAAGCUCUUCACAUUAGUCAUCAUCUAUAACUAGGGCUUUAUUUGCAGAGCUUCUAAAAGGUGUAUGACUGUGUAAGUGAACAGAUGUUCACUUUUAAAAUCAAUAACCACUGUUAUGGAAGCUUUAAACAAGUUUCCCUCACACACAAUUCUCCACUUAGGAAGUAUUUCUCAUUUAGAUCUUCAGAGUAGCCUGACUGUGUGCAUGUGUGUGUGUAAUGGGUUAUUUGUAAAAACUUGGCAUACAAGGAGAUGUAUUUUAUUACCUCCUGCUCUAGAGCCCCAUGCUCCUAGCAAGCCAGAGGCCCUAAACAGGCUUGUUUCUUUCCUCCCCAGCCCCUCUGCCCAUCUGAGAUUGAGGGAGCAUAGUCCACUUCAGAUCAGGAAUGGGGUGAAGAACAGGUCGUGUCAUGUAAUGAGAAAAGCACUCUUUGGGGUCAUGAGACCUGGUUCUAGUCCAGUCUCUGCCACUGAGGAUGAAUGUGACUGUGGGCAAACUAUUUACCCUUCUUUAUCUGUGAAAUGAAAGGACUGAAUUGAUGGAUCUCUAAAGGCCUUUGUCCUCUGUGAGGAUGUGAAAAACUAGAGACCACAAAAGGGAACAAGCAAAAAAGUUAGGAUUUGAUAGUGUGAUAUAUAUGUAAUAGUUGCAGAAGGCUUUACAUAUGCUUAUAACGAAAAGAUCUUUGUAUAUUCACAGCAUAAUUGAUUUUUAAUUCUGUCAUUACACUUUUAAAGUCACAGGAGAAAAUAUACAUGCUUACUCAGGUUUUCUUAAAAAUACCUUUUUAUAGAGAUCCUUGAGUAAAGACAUUUUGCCUAAUUUUUUUCUUCUUAUCUUCACUUCUGUAUCCCUACCAGUACUGGGAUCUGCACACAUCUUUUUACAGUUCAUCUCUUCAUAGCCAUGAACCAAAAUGUUCUAUGAGGAGGAUGCAAGUAAGUCAAAGCUUCUAUUCCAUUAGUAAUUAUUAGAGGAGGAGAUUUUUUUCAUUCCAUAGUGACAUUUUCUUAGCCUUAACAUUCUGAUACUACUCCCUUUUUCAGUUUUCAUAGUAACUAUUCAUGUUUUUGAAAUAAUGCUUCCUGUAAAUCCAAUUUUAUAUACUAAUACAACAUGAAGUGCCCAACCUUCUUGCCUGCUAAACUUGGGGCAAUUGAUGCUAAAUGGUAUUUUUAAAAUAAAUGUUUCUAUUCUUUA